AUGUUCACGAUGUUGAACGAUGUUCAAACAGCAUGUUUGUGGAACCCGCUGGGCUCCACAAAUUGUGGGUUCCAGGAUGUCGUCAUCGGAAUGGGGAGCGUGGAGUUGGGAAUGCCGGCUUGGGGAUGCAGAGAGGAGUUGUGCACAGGUUUUGCCGGAAACGGCUGUCCAUUGGCGGCCAUCGAGGAAUUUCGAUUCAUGGGCGGCGAUGCGCCAACACAGAGUAAACCAUUUUGGCGACUGGGGAUUCAGCUGAGCACUGCGUCUGAGCUUAUUUCUAGGGAUUGGGCCGUUGGCCAAGGACAAGGAUACGGGGAUUAUUUAUGCAACGGCACUUGCAUGUUUUACAGGCGCGGUGGCGCUGAUUCUGGUGUGUUGAAUGUUCAGGCAUUGUCUGCUCCUCGGUUUCUGAAGUCUUGGGAGCACGGUGUGUUGGCACAAGUCGAUGUGCAGUGGCGAGGCAACUGUGCCACAAGCACAAACUUGUUGUGCUGCUAA